AUGACGCAGUUAUUCAACUCCUCGACUCCUACAAACGCGAACUCGGAGAAACGGAAUUUCCCCGGUAUAUCGUUGACUGGCAAGAAGCAUGCUGGCGACUCCUCCCAUUUUCCAACAAAACUACGCAACUUCUUUCGAAUAAACAGCUCGUCUUCGAAUACGAGCUCUACAAGCCAAGGAGGUACAGGACAGAACUCCCAGCAGACUAAGAACGCCAAUCUUGCAGUGCCAAAGGCAGAGUCAAAGUUCCAGUCAAGAUUCCUUCCACACAUCGGCCGGAAUCGAUCUACCACAGUUGCCAGUGAAGGAAACCCUCUCGAUGACGAUGGAGUAUCACCAACUGCUCAUGCAAACCCUUAUUUUGCACACCAGGGAUAUCCUGCCUUGAGGCAUCGAAACGAUGAUAGCGUACCGUCAACCCCACCAGACACUCCAGGCAUACACGUUGAUGGAGCUCCGGGAGUAGAACAACCGACAGCAGCAAGCAAAGAGGAAUUAGCAAGGAAACUAAGGAGAGUUGCGUCAGCGCCAAAUGCGCAGGGCCUAUUCGCAGGCGGGAAGGCGGAUGAUCGGCCUCGGACGGCCGAGCUAGGGAAAGAGCCGUUAGUUGAGCACUCUGGCAGCACGGCGAAGCUAGGCUUCGUCGAACAACCUACCUCCCAAAACCUCAGCGUCCCCGAGGCCGACCAGCUCGGACCUAUCCCACUUCCGGGGCAAGUACGGAAUUCCGCCGGAUACAGACGAACAUAUAGUUCGAAUUCGAUAAAAGUCCGCAAUGUGGAAGUCGGCCCCGGGAGCUUUGAUAAGAUCAAACUGAUCGGAAAGGGAGAUGUCGUGCUAAGCAAAAAGGAGAUGAUUAAGAGGAAUAAAAUAAAGCGUGCCCUCGCUGAACAGGAGAUUCUUGCUACAAGUAACCAUCCGUUCAUCGUCACUCUAUACCAUUCCUUCCAGUCGGAGGAUCAUCUCUAUCUGUGUAUGGAGUACUGCAGUGGUGGUGAAUUCUUCAGGGCCCUCCAAACGAGGCCUGGGAAAUGCAUUUCCGAAGAUGACGCACGAUUCUAUGCCGCUGAAGUAACAGCUGCUCUUGAGUACCUUCAUCUCAUGGGUUUCAUUUAUCGCGACCUUAAACCAGAGAAUAUCCUCCUUCACCAGUCGGGGCACAUUAUGUUGUCAGAUUUUGAUCUCUCAAAACAAUCUGGACCUGGAGGCGCACCAACAAUGAUAGUCGGCCGCAACGGAACUUCCGCCACCUCACUACCUACAAUUGAUACCAAGUCGUGUAUCGCCGAUUUCAGGACCAAUUCCUUUGUUGGAACUGAAGAAUACAUAGCGCCAGAAGUUAUCAAAGGAAACGGUCACACUAGCGCAGUAGACUGGUGGACGUUGGGUAUCCUCAUCUACGAAAUGCUCUACGGUACAACGCCAUUUAAAGGCAAAAACAGAAACGCGACAUUUGCAAACAUCUUAAGGGAUGAGGUUCCUUUCCCUGAAAAUGCCAAUGCACAGCAACUUUCCAACCUCUGUAAAGGUCUCAUACGCAAGCUUCUUAUAAAAGAUGAAUGUCGACGACUCGGCGCUCGUGCCGGCGCUUCCGACGUCAAAACACAUCCUUUCUUCAGACCCACUCAAUGGGCUUUGAUCAGACAUAUGAAACCUCCUAUGAUUCCCCAUCAGGGCAGAGCCAUCGAUACAGUCAACUUCAGGAAUGUCAAGGAGAGCGCUAGCGUCGAUAUUGGCGGCUCAAAUAACUUGGCUGGCGUACCGAUGGACUCAGGACUAGCAACUCCGUCUGGAGAAGUCGUUGACCCGUUCGAAGAUUUCAACAGUGUUACACUUCACCACGAAGGUGACUAUCAUGACAACCAUCUGGUUGAUGAUAGUAAUACCCACAAGAGCUAG